GCGGCGCCCAGUCGCCGGGCUUUCCCCCGGCUCCUAUCGAGCCGCGGCCUCAAUGUCCUUGCCUAGGUGUGCCCUGCUGUGGGCUCGGCUCCCGGCGGGGCGCGGGGCUGGGCCCCGGGCGGCUCCUUGCUCCGCUCUUCGCGCUCUCGUGGGGUCGUUCCCCGGAGCUUCAGGACGCGUUCCCUGCCUGGCCGCCUCCUCCUCUGCCUCUGGUGGCUCCAAAGCCCCGAACACGUCCUUGUUCGUGCCGCUGACAGUGAAGCCUCAGGGUCCCAGCGCCGAUGGCGACGUAGGCGCUGAGCUUACUCGGCCUCUGGACAAGAAUGAAGUAAAGAAGAUCUUAGACAAGUUCUAUAAGCGGCAAGAAAUUCAGAAGCUGAGUGCCGACUAUGGACUUGAUGCUCGUCUCUUCCACCAAGCUUUCAUAAGCUUCAGAAAUUACAUCAUGCAGUCUCAUUCUCUGGACGUGGACAUUCACAUUGUCUUGAAUGACAUCUGCUUCAGUGCAGCUCAUGUGGACGAUUUGUUUCCGUUUUUCUUGAGACAUGCCAAACAGAUAUUUCCUGUAUUGGAAUGCAAGGAUGACCUACGUCAAAUCAGUGACCUGAGGAGACCGCCCAACUGGUACCCAGAAGCCAGAGCCAUACAGCGGAAGAUAAUAUUCCACUCAGGCCCCACCAACAGUGGGAAGACCUACCACGCAAUCCAGAGAUACUUGUCAGCGGCCUCCGGCGUGUACUGCGGCCCCCUGAAGCUGCUGGCGCAUGAGAUCUUUGAGAAGAGCAAUGCCGCUGGUGUGCCGUGUGACUUGGUGACAGGUGAAGAGCGGCUGACGGUUGACCCUGAGGGGAAACAAGCCACCCAUGUCUCUUGUACUGUGGAGAUGUGCAACGUUGCAACUCCUUAUGAAGUGGCUGUGAUCGAUGAAAUCCAGAUGAUUCGAGACCCAGCCAGAGGAUGGGCUUGGACCAGAGCUCUGCUAGGACUCUGUGCUGAGGAAGUCCACCUGUGCGGAGAGUCUGCUGCCAUUGACCUGGUCACUGAGCUCCUGUACACCACUGGGGAGGAGGUGGAGGUUCAGAAGUACGAGAGGCUUACCCCCAUUUCUGUGCUGGACCGUGCACUGGAGUCUUUAGACAACCUUCGGCCCGGGGACUGCAUUGUCUGCUUUAGCAAGAAUGACAUUUAUUCUGUGAGCCGGCAGAUUGAAAUUCGGGGCCUGGAAUCCGCAGUGAUAUACGGCAGCCUGCCGCCUGGAACCAAACUUGCUCAAGCAAGAAAGUUUAAUGACCCCAAUGAUCCGUGCAAAAUCCUGGUAGCUACAGAUGCGAUUGGCAUGGGACUUAAUUUGAGCAUAAGGAGAAUUAUUUUUUACUCCCUUAUAAAGCCCAGCAUCAAUGAAAAGGGAGAGAAGGAGCUGGAGCCCAUCACCACCUCCCAAGCCCUGCAGAUCGCGGGCAGAGCCGGCAGAUUCAGCUCACACUUUAAAGAGGGGGAGGUGACCACAAUGCACCGAGACGACUUGGCUUUGUUGAAGGAGAUUUUGAAUAGACCUGUGGAUCCUAUACAGGCCGCUGGACUUCACCCGACUGCUGAGCAGAUCGAGAUGUUUGCCUACCACCUCCCCGAGACAACGCUGUCCAAUCUCAUUGAUAUUUUUGUAGACUUUGCACAAGUCGAUGGGCAAUACUUUGUCUGCAACAUGGAUGAUUUUAAGUUCUCUGCAGAGCUGAUCCAGCAUAUUCCACUCAGUCUCCGGGUGAGGUAUGUGUUCUGCACAGCCCCCAUCAAUAAGAAACAGCCUUUCGUCUGCUCGUCGCUCUUACAGUUUGCCAGGCAGUACAGCAGGAGUGAGCCCCUGACCUUUGCCUGGCUACGCCGGUACAUCAAGUGGCCUCUGCUUCCACCUAAGAACAUUAAAGACCUCAUGGAUCUUGAAGCUGUCCAUGAUGUCUUUGAUCUUUACCUGUGGCUAAGCUACCGAUUUAUUGAUAUGUUUCCAGACUCCAGCUUCGUUCGGAGUCUCCAGAAAGAACUGGAUACCAUUAUCCAAGAAGGCGUGCACAAUAUCACCAAACUGAUUAAAAUCUCUGAGUCACACAAGCUCUUGAAUCUGGAGAGCUUACCAUCAGGGAGCCAGUCACGUUUGCCAGGAGCCUCCAAGAGCCCAGCUAGAAGGACACGUGGCACUAAAACAGGGAAUAAGGUGGCAGAGCCGCCCAGCCCCAGUGACAAGGAGCUGCCCCUUGCCUCUAGGCUGGUGCAGCAGGGACUCCUCACUGCAGACAUGCUGAAGCAGCUCCAGAAGGAGUGGCUGACACAACGGCCAGAACAAGGCAAAGAGAAGGUGGGGACACGGAGAAAGAAGAAGGACCCCAACUCUGACUAGUCUUUUUUUAAUUUUGCAAAUAAAAAUCAAUUUUAAAUCCUUAUGCACACA